ACAAUUGCAGUGCGCACACACUUCCUGAUGGAGCUGCUCCUGCGAGGAAUAAAAAUACACUCCUAGCCAGCCAGCUAGACGAGUUGUGAAAAAGUUAUGUCUGGCUGUCAAGUUGAUAGAGAAAGGCUACUUUUAAAAAUGGACGUUAUUCCUCGGUUUUCUGUCCAUUAAGAGCAGAACAUAUCCCCAUGUCCAGAGAGCCACCGGCACCGGUGACAAGACAACUGCGAAGGUAAGCUACUAGCUGACGUGAGCUAGUAAUGUCUCUAACGUUACCAACCCCCGAUAUACUUGAAACACCUCCUGGAUAUCCAUUUGAAGAAAUCAACUAUGAGGAUAUUGAAGUGGAGGAGGUGGUGGGGAGAGGAGCUUUUGGGGUUGUUUGCAAAGCCAAAUGGAAAGGCAAUGAUGUCGCCAUCAAGACCAUUGAGAGUGAAUCGGAGCGGAAAGCAUUUAUUGUCGAGCUCCGGCAGCUUUCGCGUGUGAAUCACCCCAACAUUGUGAAGUUGUACGGCUCUUGCAAUAAUCCAGUCUGCCUUGUGAUGGAAUACGCUGAAGGCGGGUCAUUGUACAAUGUGCUGCAUGGUGCUGAACCCCUCCCCUAUUACACUGCUUCCCAUGCCAUGAGCUGGUGUUUUCAGUGCUCCCAGGGCGUGGCCUAUCUCCAUGGCAUGAAACCAAAGGCUCUCAUUCACAGGGACCUCAAGCCACCCAAUCUGCUUCUGGUGGCGGGAGGCACUGUGCUGAAGAUAUGUGACUUUGGAACAGCAUGUGACAUUCAGACGCACAUGACCAACAACAAAGGAAGUGCAGCAUGGAUGGCCCCAGAGGUAUUUGAAGGCAACAAUUACAGCGAGAAGUGCGAUGUGUUCAGCUGGGGGAUCAUUCUCUGGGAGGUGAUCACUCGCAGGAAGCCCUUUGAUGAAAUCGGAGGACCAGCUUUUCGCAUUAUGUGGGCUGUGCACAACGGCACAAGACCUCCUUUAAUCAAAAAUCUGCCCAAGCCCAUUGAGAGUCUGAUGACUCGCUGCUGGUCUAAAGACCCCUCUCAGCGGCCUUCCAUGGAGGAGAUAGUGAAGAUCAUGACUCAUCUAAUGAAGUACUUCCCAGGAUAUGAUGAACCCCUGCAAUAUCCAUACCAGUAUUCAGAUGAUGGGCAGAGCAACUCUGCAACUAGUACAGGUUCGUAUGUGGACUACACUGGCACCAGCACAAGCAGCAAAAGCGAUGCGAACAUGGAGCACAGUGAUUCUCAAGGGAGCAAUGACACUAUCAAGAUUACGCCUCAGUUCGCUCCUUACUUCAAACCAAAGGCAGACCCAUUGAGGUCUCUGCCUCUGUCCAGGGGGGGCAGUGUUGAGAGUCUGCCUGCACGAACACAGUGCCUGGCAUCGUCGGACAGCAAAAGAAUGAGUGCUGACCUGUCGGAGCUGGAGCCCAAGAUGCCAUUUACGCCUGCAGCACGUCCCCAGUAUAAACGAGGCCACCGUAAAACUGCAUCAUACGGCACCAUUCUGGAUGUCCCCAAGAUCGUCGUCACAGCCACAUGCGAUGCUCAGAGACGUCGGUCCGUGCAGGAUCUGCCGGGCAUCGGCACCGAGUCCAGCCAGGGGAGCAGGAACAGCAGCCGGUCCUCCAGUCCCAGUGUGAGGAUGAUGCCCGAUAAGACCAGCAGCAGAGGCUACUUCUCCCCCGACGACCCCACAGACACCAACGGCUCAGACAACUCAAUUCCCAUGGCUUAUCUCACCCUGGAUCACCAGCUGCAGCCUCUCGCUCCCUGUCCCAACUCCAAAGAGUCCAUGGCCGUGUUUGAGCAGCACUGCAAGAUGGCCCAAGAAUACCUGAAAGUGCAAACGGAGAUCGCCCUGCUGAUCCAGAGAAAGAAGGAGCUCAUCGCCGAACUGGACCAAGACGAGAAGGACCAGCAGAACACGUCCCGUCUGGUGCAGGAGCACAAAAAGCUGCUGGAGGAGAACAAGAGUCUGUCCACGUACUACCAGAAGUGCAAAAAACAGCUGGACCUGAUCCGGGUCCAGCAACAGAAGAGACAGGGCACGUCGUGAUGAGACAGAGACAUCUAUGAACUGCUACCAAUCCCCCCAUCCACCCGCCCAGCACUCCCCCCCCCCCCCCACUCUAUAACACUACCCACUCAUUCUCUGCACACACACACACACACACACACACACACACACACACACACACACACACACACACACACACACACACACACACUGUUCCCAGUCCAGCUUUAUUAAGAGACCCGAGUCCUGCAUGUACGCAUUGUAGACCCUCAACGUCUGUCCAGCAGGAAGGUGACGUCCUCUGUACGUACAUUUGCACAUCCUCACAGUGUAUCCUGUGACCGCAGACCAAUCAAUCACUCACAGCCCACGGACGCUGAAGCCACGCUCCGAGAUGGAUCUUUCCCUUCAGCGACCAAGCACCCCCCCCCCUUGGGUGCGAUGGCGGGCCGACGGAUGCGGGUCGUGUGUUUCUACAUGUUUGCUCUCAGGGCCCUCUGGGCUGCCCGGUCGGCGUGCGUCAACGCCUCAGCAGCCGCCGGCCACACCGUCCUCCAGAAUGUGAAAAAAAUUAAAAAAAGAAAGGCUUUCAUGGAGAAAAGAAACAGUGUGAAUCAUAUGCAAGAAUCUUUUGAGAUCGGCGAGGAUGUUUGGAACCUGUUCUACAGCGCGCGUGUGCGUGGAAUCCCCGUUAUGCAAACCACACACCCCUUAAAUCAACGCAUUUAUGUCUCCCCUUUCCUCAUUUUGAGCAUGAGCCCUUCCCACAGGCCGCCGUACCCGUUUACUUCUUCGAGAUGUCGUCAGUUCGGAGAGGGGUGUACUUUGUGUCACACGUCGCAGAAAAGGGAAUAUCUUGGGGGUUUGUGUAAAACCUGGAUGCAGCGUUAAUAAUCUGCUCCUCAUGCUCUUAAAACAAAAAACAAACACCUAUCUUCCCCGAACAAACACAGGGAGCUGCGGAUUCCCCUUUUUAUUUGGACUUCAGUAUUGUUGUUUUUUUUGCGUGUCAAUGUUUUUUUUUUUUUGUCUUUUCUAUUCAGUAGAUCACUUUGUAUGAUAGCUUUGGUGUCAUUUCUGCGUUAGGACAUGUUUUAUCUGGUCUGGGAAUGCCCUUGCGGACAAAAAAAACAGAGGAGCCUAUACCUCCCUAUACAGUAUCUAGUUUUGUUUUUAGUUCACAUGUUGCCUUAGAAGUUGCCUGCAUUUUAAGUGCUUGUUUUAUGUGACAUUUAGUGGGGAUAAAAGCUAAAAAAAUAUAUUUUUAAUGUAAUGGACAGUGAAUGAAAUUCUCCCCGGAGCUGAGUGAGGAGGAUCUAUGUCAGUAAGCUGAUAAUGUAAAUGUUUCCCACCAGCUUUACAUCCAAAACAUGACAUGUACUCUACAAAGAAUGUGAUUUUGUUUUUUGUUUCUUUUCUUGGUUUUCAGAUCCCUGAAGUACUUUUGCACAAUCACUUUUGUUUUUGUCCGGUCAUGUACAAAUUUUAUCUUCUCAUUUAAGCAAUUCUGAUUUUUAAAGAGCAAGACUUGAUUAGUCUUACUUUGAAAAAUGUGUUACUGUACAGGAGUGAAUCUUCACCGGAUCUCCCUCAUGAGAUUUUUCUGUUCACAAAGAAUGAAUUUACCACGCGCACACUACACUGUUUUAUGAAGGGUUCCCUAAGUUGUUGGGAACCGAGCUACAGUAUACGACAGUGAGAUGGCAUUAUGAAAUAAACUGAAUGGUGAA